AUGGCUGGACCUGGCUUGUUAGUUUCCUUGGCGUUCGAUGCCGCCUCAAAACGGCCGCCGAUGCAGUUCGAACUUGCGCCUGGAGCAAAGGAGUCCAUCUCUGUGGGACGCGCCCCCAAAUCCGAUGUGGUGUGCACGUUGUCGGGGAUCUCAUGGAACCACCUUGAGAUGAAGCUUCCGAACCCCGUCCCUCAGGGACCUUUCCAUGUGGUGUUACGCGACUUGUCCAUGAACGGCAGCGGUGUGCGCAUGCAAGGGGAGCCGCAGCCGCAAAAGUUAACAAAAGAUGUGGAUAUGGAUGUUGGGAGCGGCGCCACCGUUUCCUUUCCAAUGAGGAAGCCCAAGGCAAAGGGCGAAGAACAACGCGAAGUUAUCCAGCAGUCGUUCGCGAUGACAAUUGAAUCACUUGCAGAUGGCCACAGGUUUCCCAAGCAUGUCCUUGCAGAAGGCCAGAAAAGGCCUGCGCAGCAAGUUGACGGCGGCCCAGCCAAGCGCCGUGCAACGGGUCAGCAGCUUUCAGACAGCUGCACCCAGCGGCUGGCGAAGGGUGAGGCCUUGGUCAGAUCGGCACGGCAAGCCGAGAGUCGUGGACGACUCGUGGACGCUUUCAAUGCGUACAGCAAAGGCAUCCAGCAUAUCAUCCGGGUGUUGCCCUCAUUGGAGCAGAACAACCCACUCCUAUUGCCAGCCAAGAACCUGGUGAAGGACAAUUUGGAGCGUGCCGCCAUGGUGAAGCAGAGGCAAAGCCGGCUGAAGCUUGCGGAGAAUGAGCUGCCGUAG